UCGGUCAACUUACUCGCCAUCAGCAGUUAUCGUCUCAUUCAAAUCUCGAGAGAGAGAGAGAGAGAGGGAGAGAGAAACGAUGGCGGAGAUGACGCCGCGGUUCAACCACUUCAGCCACCGCCAUCCGCUACAGCUCUCGAGAUCCACCUUCAAACCAGACAAACACAAAGAAGAAGAAGAAGAAGCAAUAUGCUGCGGCUGCGAGUUCCACAUCGCCGGCGCCGGCUACGCCUCAAAGUACACGUGCACAAAGCCAAGCUGCGGCUUCGUCCUCCACGACUCGUGCUUCGACUUGCCGCGCAAGAUCCGGCACGACGCGCACCCCAAGCACGCGCUCACACUCCUCCCCUCGCCGCCGUACUCCGAUCGGGAGUUCACGUGCGACGCGUGCGGGAACUCCGGCCACGCUUUCAUUUUCCACUGCAGCAGGUGCAAGUUUGACCUCCACGUGGAGUGCGCGUCGGUGCCGGAGACGGAGGUCCGGGAAGAUCACCCGCAUCCUCUGGCGUUGUGUUACUCAAACUUAAAGGGGAAGGAGAUAGGCGAAGAAGAAGGAGAAGAAGAAUUCGAGUGUUUCGUUUGUAAACGCGUUGUUCUAAAGUGGGGGUGUUGGUUUUACUAUUGUUUCACUUGUAAAUGUGGCACGCAUAUGGAGUGUGCAACAAAUUGAUUAAGAAUAGAAUGCAUUCUCAAAAAUCUUGUGGUCUAGCGGUACCCGGUUGCACCUGACAUGAGAGGGGUGAGUUUGAGUCAAUGCUUCAUUUGCUUGAGAAAGUAGUUAUAAACAGAUACUACAUUGUAAGAGAGUCAAUAGUACUAAAAAAAAUAGAAUGCAUUGUUGAGUGUUUAAUUUUCUGGCUAUAGUUUGUUGGUGUUGAAUAGAAUGCACUGUUGUCAAAGAUCUUGUGGUAUGACAACAUCUUGUGGUCUAGUAGCAUCUGGUUGCCCCAACAGGAGGGGUGGGUUUGA